GUUCAAGAAAGCAGUCGACAUUCUCAAGAAUCACGCUCUCAGUGAGUAUCAUCGCAGAGCCAGUGAGAGCGCGAAUGACUUUCUUGAGUGGCAUGGAGACCGAGUCAAUCUCGAUAUCAGAAAUCGUUUAGUGAAAGCCCGAGAAGAGCAAGUUGUGAAGAACCGCCAGAGAUUGAUACCCAUCGUGAAAACGAUACUGUUGUGUGGUAGACAGAAUAUACCCCUGAGGGGACACAGAGACAACGGACUUCUCGAUUCGGGCGGAGAAAACGCGAACGACGGAAAUUUCCGUGCGCUCUUGAGAUUUCGUCUUGAUUGUGGAGACUCUCUCCUUGAAGAGCAUCUGAACAAUCUCAAACGAAACGCGACAUACAUGAGCAAUAAAUUCCAAAAUGAGCUCAUAGCGGCAAUAGGAAAGAUCAUCCGAAGAAAGAUAGUACGGGAGGUCAAUGAUUCUAAGUUCUACGCCGUGCUCGCGGAUGAGACAUCAGACGCCGGUAGGAUCGAUCAGUUGACGAUUUGCCUGCGUUACAUAUCGACCUCAGCCAGCAAGCCUGUCGUCAAGGAAGUUUUUCUGAAGUUCUGCGCCGUAGCUCAGAAAACCGGAGCCGCGCUAGCGCGUACCAUCUUGGAUGCUUUGGAAGAGGAAGGAGUCGACGUGAGAAAUAUCAGAGGUCAAGGAUAUGACGGUUGUGCUUCGAUGAAAGGAGCUGGAAAUGGUGUCCAAGCAGAAAUUAAGGCCGUGGUGCCUCAAGCCCUGUACUUUCACUGCGCCAGUCAUUGCCUCAGCCUCGCGCUCGUCCAUUCCGCCGAAAUUGUCCCUAUCAAACUGGCCGCUGGUGUCGUCAAGAGCGUUUGUAACUUCUUCUGUAAGUCUACGAAGCGACACCAAUGCCUGAUGGAUAAGAUAGAUGCCCACGCACCCACGUCGUCCAAAACACGGCUCAAAGCUCUGUGCCCCACUCGUUGGGUCGAAUCGCACCACGCCUUCUUUACUUUCAGAGAGCUUCUACGUCCCCCUCUUCCACUGUUUGGUUGA